CUCGCCCAUGUCGCCUUGCCCGAGCCAUGCCUCUUUCGCUGUUGUCCCGUUUGGCGGGGGUUGCAGUUGCGCAGAACCUGCAAUGGAAGGACAGCAAGACGAAUAGAAUCGCAAGGGGAUGCGAAACGAGCCGGCAUUUGGUCAACUUCUCCCCACACCAUAAUCCUUCCUUUUCUUCUUCCCAGGAGGUCCAGUUGCUGUUACCAAAUCACUAGUCACCCGAUAGCUCGACAAACACGCUCGGACAGUGCUUAGAGUGACAAAUACUGGUAGCAUCAUAGGUCUCUAUCACUGCCGGUCCGGCAGGCUCACCACCUCAGCUCAGCACCCCAGUGGUGCUUCAGUGGUGGAAAUUAGGAUCCAGAUUCUGGGGCAGAGCGGGGGUUCCAUUUCGCCAUUCCGGCGUGUACAGUAGCGAGGGGGACUUCCCACAGCAGCCAAGGCUCACUUCCGGUGACUGGGCCUGGCAGCCUUCUAGAACCGAUUGGGGAAAGCUACGUCCCCGCGAGAACGCACCAGUUUUGGCCUCUGGGACCACUGGAAUCUCAAGCUGAGCGUCUUAAACUGCAGCCAGUCCCGAAAGCCUCAUCGUCACACAUACUCCCGGUGCUAUCGUCGUCAAUAUACCCCCGUGCCAUAAACCUCAACUACCCGACACUAACACCGCCUGUCCGACCACAACCAGACCGGCCGAACACAGCAGCGAUUACCAGGGAUCCCCGACGAGGCUGCCGAGUGUGGAUGGUCGAGAUUGACAAUCAUUCGCAGCCGAUCCCUCCUCAGACCUGGAGUCGAAACUUACGACUCGCAAACUGGAACACAAGCAUCAGGUGGAGAAGGGGUGACAGACGGACGAACUGUGCUUUAGACGAACCACCGGCCGAGAGAGAGGACUGGACAGAGGAUGGCCGACGUCAAAACGGCUGCUGGCAGCAGCAAUGGGAAACCGGCCAUCCGACGAGGGCGCCGCGAAAAGCCAUGGCCGGUUGAAAAGCAAAAGAAAUUGUUGCGCCUCUAUGUCUGUACACAAAGCGAAAAAUUACCACUCGUUCGCAUCCUUGAGCGCCUCAAAGAUGGCACGUUUGAUCCCAGGCAGCGCAACACUCACAAGCACCUCAAAAACUUGCUACCAGACCGCCGAAUCGAUGAUUGGAGGCCCAGAGACAUGACCACCAUGCUCGUCAGAGUUCGUUUCCUGAGGUCGGUUCGGGAGGAGCGGCGGAUGAGGAACAGGAGGGCCCGCCAACGGCUAGAAGCAGCGCGAUCACGCAGCUAUCCCGAUCCCAUGAGUGCCUCAGUGUUCUCUGACGCGCAGACCGGGUUUUACGCCGAGGGCUCGGAUACCAGCGUCACCAUCAAACAGUCCGACUCGCCCGACUCAUCGCCGCUGGCGAUUGCCAGCGCCAGCUCAGCCGACUCCCCAGACACCUCCGAUACCUACAUGCGAGACAAGUCGCCGUCACGCGCAUCGUCACUGACGCCAUCGGCCAAACGAAGAUCAUGGGCCUCGGUUCUUUCCAGCAUCUCGUCAGGCAUAUCGAGUCUGGCCCGCUCGUCCUCUUCAGCGUCGUCGAGGCGCAUCAACCUGAACAACACGGGGGCCAACACAGCGCUGAGCAGGAUGACACGGGAGGAGUUUCUGGCCUCACUUCAAGACAAGCCCCGCAAGCCGUUCAAGGGAACCAAGGCCACCAACGGUCUCUUCAAGCCGAAAUACUCGACAGUCAACCCAACCACGGAAGAACUCAACAAGGCCCUGCUUGAGAUGUGCUGUUCUAAUUAUUACAAUGGCGAAGACAGGACAGGCGCCGUGUGCGUUCACGAGCGGUUAUCAAGGGCCAUUGACGCACAAGCAACCGAGAACUCGGCGUUUACCAACUUCUCGGUAACAGAUGAAGAGGCUAACAUGGUGGACAAGUAUGGCAACUCGCUACUUCAUGUGGCUGCGCGGUGGGGUGCGCGUGUUUCGCUAUUGCUACUGAUCAUUAGGCAUACGGACGAUCUUCAGAUGGUCAACCAACGGGGAGAAACAUUUCUUCAUGUCUACGCUCCACCAAGCCAACCCAGGCUUAGACCGGUGUCUUUCCUGAACCUCAUACGUGUCUUGCGGUCCAGGGGAUUCGACUUUUGUCUUCGAGACGGCGAGAAGCACACAUUCCUGCACCACAUUGUCGCCAAGGAGGAGUUUCCGAUCGAAACAUUGUACUACGUAUUUCGCGAAGUUGGACACGGUGCUGCUCGGUUUUUGGUUGCCAGCAAGGCGGCAGAUGGAGAGAGGCUAUGGCACAGCGUGAGGCGGAAUCUGGAGAGGACGGCCCCUAAAUUAGCCAGAAUAUUUGGCGACGAAGUCGAGUUCAUUCGUCGUUACCUCCCCGAAUUCUCCGACUCAAAGGCCCCAUCGACGGGCGACAACUCGACUUGCGGAUCCGACAGUCUCUACUCGCUACCCCACCACCACCAAGAAGUCAUGACUAUGAAUGACCCCAACGAUAGUUCAGCCCAGCACGUCCGUAGAUCACCAAUUAUGAAGCUUUUGCGCCGGGCCGCUGCGGGAAGAACGGGUUUUGCCGACACCGACUUGAACAAGAAACUAGAGUCCAUAUUCGAGACGGCCUCGAAGGCGCCAGACUUUGAACUUCACGCCUUCCUUGCGAAACGGGAUACAGAGGGCAACACAGCACUCCACUACGCAUCCGAGUUCGGCAUUGUGACCGCCGUCCAGUUCCUUUGUGGAAAAGGUGCCAAUGUUAACGUGUUCAACAACUGCGGCAACACUCCUCUCCAGCUGGUCAAAUACGCCAUCCAGAGAACCGAUGUCCGAUCCGACAUCCACAUGGAAGCUCGCUAUCUCCGUUGCGCCGUGUUGUUGCUGGAGCAAGGGGCCUUUGAUCAGAGCAAACUCGUCAGCGAGAGGAGCAUCAUCUUCCCCUAUGCCAAUGUUUUUGAUGGGAGCGAGAGGUCAAUCCAGAACCUUGUCAAACAGGGCGUUGCAAAUCAGUGCAAGGGUUUGCAUUUAUUAACGAGCAGCACCAAGCAUCACGGGCUGUACUACGGCUUGGAGGGACAAGACCACGGACAUUGUCAUGGCCAUGCAGGAGGCGGAACAUCGUUUGGCUGGGCAGAUCACGGCCGGCUGUUGGAUGGCUUGAUGGGAAGAAGAUCUGGCUCAGGAAGGGGCAGAAAACGGGCUCAAAGUCCUUUGGGUGCAGGAGGUGGCCCGAUGGGAGGAGAGGCAGGCCCAGAGGGCAUGAACUUGACUUUCCAGACGUCAGUUCUGAGCAGUUGUUGACCCAUGGAUGGGGGAUUUUCCUUUGUGUCGUCGCUUGGAUACCUCGGUUCUGCGUUUUGCUGCCUAUUUCUGUUUUGGGAGCGGUGGAGAUGCCACCGUUGAAGGGAGAUGAUUUUCCUGCCCACGCCUGUGUCAUGACCUGACAACCAUUUCCUUUUUCACGUCUUGUUUUCAACGUCGUCGGUGGUUACAUAUGAACAGGGCUGUUAAAUGGGGCCCGGUGGAGACGUGUGUAUAAUAUUAUCCAUUUGCGGCAAAAGGCAAGCGGCGGUGUUGGGCAAAACAUUUUCGGGUUUUUGGCUUUUUCACAUAUUCCCCUUUUUUUGUUAAUCUUCGUUUGGCUUUGUUUAUAUCAUGCCGCUAGCCAGAUGGGAGGGGACAUGGCCGGCGGCAUCGCCAAUCUCGAAAGAGAUGGUUAUUGUCGGGGCAAGAGCGGGGAGAGGUCCAUUAAGCAGACAUGAGAAGGCAGAGGAUGAGUCCCUGCUUCUCUCAUGGGCGAAAUAGAAUACUUGAUCAUUUACUUUGUUCACACACGUCGAGGGCCUGGCG